UUUUGAUUAUUUUCGUACGUCACUAGUAAACUUUCAAAAACAACAAGCAUGAAAAGUUGACAAGAUGUUUGGUUUCAAUAAAAACUUGUUUAUUUUUGUUGUUUUGGGAAUUUUUACUGUAGCCAUUGCUCAGAGUGACACUUUUGAUGAAGAGUUAAUGCUAAAACCUCUUCCAAAUGGAUUUUUGUACGCUUAUUUCCAAUUUACUACUCGAUGGGAAGCCUCUAAUAACCAGCAAACCUGGAAACACACCCACUUGUUUCCUAGAGGACUAGCAGAAAUUAUUGGUAGACAUCAUGUAGAUGAAAUGCAAAUUUCUUUAACUGAAGGUUUAUGGAACUAUAAAAAAUAUGGAUAUCCAUUUCAUAAUGCUGGGCCUGGUGCAGAAGUCACUACAUGGUUCAAUAAAGAAGUGUCUGAUGUCGAUAAAGAAUGGAAAGGGUUAACUAAUGCCCUUUCAGGAUUGCUAUGUGCUUCGCUAAACUUUGUCAAUCCAUCAAACAGUUUUUCUCCUCAGUUCAGUUUUAGACGAUCUGGUGCUAUGGAAAAGGAAUCUAGAAAUUCUAGUCAUUUACGAUAUUCAUCUCUUCCCAGAGAAACUGCAUGCACAGAAAAUUUAACUCCAUUUAAAAAAUUACUGCCUUGUGAUUCUAGAAAAGGGCUUGCUGUUCUAUUGAAUUCAGCGUUUAUUCAUAAUACAAACUACCAUUCAAUAGGUAUUUACUUUCGUUCUAUUUGUAGCAAUGCUGAAUGCACACAACGGUCGGUUGAGCUAAAGCAAACAGUGUCUUUAGUUUAUGACACGGUUACUUUUGAUACAAAGGAUUGGUCUAUUAGGAAAUUAUUUGGUAUAGGAAUAAAGGGUGCCUGUCCCCUUGCAAAUAUAAGCAAUAUUUAUGUAGAUACUACAAGUAAUAAGACUUACCAUACAUUCAAAAUCACACCAGAUCCGGAUUCAAAUAUUUUGAGUCUGAGAGGUGGUCAAGAAAAUAAGUAUGCUUUGUACAAUAUAAAAUUGCAUAACACAGGAAAACCCUUCAGUAUAGCAACUGUACAUGAACAACAAAAAUCACUUAGUGUUAUUCAACCAUCUAUUUUAUAUGCAAACAGAUACAUUACUGGAUACGGUCAAGAAAAAGGAUCAUUGGUGACUAAAAUUUACAAUGAUCACUGGAAGCCAUUAACCAUAAUUCUCUUAGAAAAUGUUCCAUGGUAUUUACCUCUUUACUUACAUUCCAUGAAGAUUGUUUGCAAUGGCAAAGAAUUGCAGCCAUUGGCUCAACGUUACAUUCCUGGCAAGGAACGUCAGCAACCGUACUACCUGGAGCUUGUGCUAACUUUGCCUCCUCGAUCCAUGACGAAAUUCUCCAUAGACUUUGAUUAUACGUUUUUGAAGUGGCAAGAAUAUCCACCAGAUGCCAAUCAUGGUUUUUAUAUGGGCCCAGCAGUUAUUAGCGCGAUGUUACCGAUUGCUAGAAAUUACACUGCUUUGCCGCAAGACGGGAGCACCAUUACUUCUAUUUUCAACGCUACCCGGCCCGGAUACCUGGUGCAGUUACGCACAGAACCAUUGCUGAUAAGUCUACCAACGCCAGAUUUCAGCAUGCCGUACAACGUCAUAUGCUUGGCCUGUACCGCGGUUGCUUUAGCGUUUGGUCCAUUGCACAAUAUUUCGACCAAACGACUCGUGUUGAAACGCGUUGAUAAACAAAGUUACCUACAGACUGCCAAAUCAAAGUUGCGAUCGCUAUUCGGUUCCAAAGAGAAAAAAGAAUAGUUUACUCGUUCAUAUAUCAAUUUUUAUGUUUAUUUUUCAUGAGGUUGUAUUGUCAGUUUUUUCAUAUUGUACCCAUGAUCAUUUCAAAGAACUAGGGUAAUGUGAAAAAUGAAAGAAACUCGAUAUCAUUUAUUCCUUAAAUAUGUGAUCUCGAUAACUCGACAAAUGAUGAAACUCGAUUCAUUUGUGGAAUAAUAAUAUUCUAAAAACGCUUAAAUUACUUUUAUCGAGUCAAUACUAUUGUGAGUAUUAAUUUUUACAGCUAUGUAUAAAUAUAAAUAUUAUUUAAAAUGAGAUUUCUGUCUUAAAAUAAAUGGUGCGUAUGUUUGUGAAUAAACGCAUAGCGAGCUUUUACAAAAUAUAAAAGUUAUUCAAAGUUUCG